GGUAUUCUUUGGUUGCCACACACCCUGCACGCCUGCGUGACAAUGACCAGGUAUGUGGAAGAGUGCAGGCUGGAAUGGAGAUGUCCUCGGCGGUCGGAGCGGGAUCGUGUGCGGCUGAGGGCAGGUGCACGGACCGUGUAUCUCCUUCAAUGGCUGUGCAAAGCGUCUUUCCAAGACAGUCAGACCACCUGCGUGCAAGAUAAGUUCUUAAAGCGCUGUAGCGGCUGAGGCUUGUGGCAACAUGUACUGUAUCGUCUCAACCCACAACGUGCUGCAAAAUGGCCGCGCCGGUAUCAUGCCUCAGAACGCAUACGCCACUCCACAUGAACGACCAGUGAAGCAGUAUGGUGAGCGUCUCGCCUCGUCUUCGCGACUCGCUGGACUACGAGGAGCCUGAGGCUACGGAUCCACGCUUCUCCUUAGGCUUUCGGUCCCUCGACCUUGCAACGAAUGGAUACGAUCAGUACGAGCUCCAAUAUGAUCAUCGCCCGUUUUCUGGGUUCCCCAAAACUGGAGCGAUAGAGCGCAAAAGGCGACGACGCCAAAGUGAUCAGGUACUGGACUAUGCCGUACCUUUCCAAUACCGUACCACUGCGGACGGCGAAGCUUUUAGGCUUGCCCUGCUUCUUCCCGGGACUGGCACAUCGCCGGUAGAGUGUCGCUUGAUAUGGGAGUCUUCCAAGCGACCUAAGCGCGAGUACGCUUGUCUUUCUUACUGCUGGGAGACUGUCGAGCGGACGACUGCUAUACUAUGCGAUGGGUACCGUUUCCCGAUUACGAAAAACCUCCUCAUGGCCCUGCAGAAAGUGCGAAAGCCAACCAUAGGCAUUCACAUUUGGAUUGAUCAAAUAUGCAUCAACCAGGACGACUACCAAGAGCGAGCGCACCAGGUCUCCAUCAUGAAGUAUAUCUUCAGCAAUGCAAAAGAAGUGAUUGUGUGGUUAGGUGAAGCUGGCGAUCGAAGCGCGAAGCUGUGCGAGUACGCCAGGAGGAUGGCGCGAGGGCAGCAUGCCCCAAACGACCGGUAUAGUCCAAAGUCAGCACUCAAUCGCAUCAUGAACCAGAGGCAGCUUCAGGACGCGCUACAAAGGCUACUGGAGCGUCCGUGGUUCAAAAGAGUCUGGGUUAUCCCCGAAGUCGCAUUGUCUCACUUCUCUGUUGUUGCCAUCGGCGACAGCACAGUCUCCUGGGACAACCUUGUGAGACUGAUCAGAGACACGCAGCUGCCUCAGAGCGCAGGCUUCGACAAGCAGACAGCGUUGCUCGGCAAUCCGCGGCAACGUAUAGCCAUCAUAACACAAAUGAGCGCAUCGCAAAGCAAAGGAUUAUUCCACACAGAUAUCAUGCAACUUCUCAUACUUGCCAAAAGUAGCCAGGCCACAGAUGUGCGCGACAAAGUGUAUGCUUUUUACGGUGUCACUCUGCUUAGGACUCACCCUUACUACGGCGAGAUACCUGAUAGAAAGACCUCCAUCGAGCGACUCUACGUUGAGAUUGCGUGCCACUACGUCAACAGCAUUCUCUACGAUGAUUACUAUAGCCGCUGGCAUGGACUCAACGAAGCUCGGCGUACUCAGCAGCUUAUGAGCAUACUGUACAGUGCCGGUCGCCUCCACCAACACCACAACCUGCCAUCUUGGGUGCCGGACUGGACCUACGCUUGGUAUCAGGCUCCACUAUGGUGUAAGACAGAGUCGAACUUGGCAACGCUGUUACCGAGGGAUGAUUGGAGUGCAGGCAUCCGUUCAGAUCAUCGUGCGGGUGGCGAGAGGCGCGAGACAUUCGAGAUUAUCGACGCUGCAACUGCUCGGCACCAGCUACGAGUGUCUGCAUUAAUUUUCGAUUCGAUACUGGAGACAUACGAAGCGACUCCGGCGAUGACACUCUCUGAGGAGCACGGUCCCUUGGAACCCAGCGAUUCAGCCACCGCGCUACACUCUCCUACUCUCUCUUACGGACGUGACUUCUUCAAGACAACAAAAGGAUUCUUCGGCAUGGCCACGCGCGGCAUUCGCCAAAACGAUACGGUGGUCUUGCUAUUGGGCGGCGACGUGCCCUUUGUGCUUCGCGCAUUUAAUCGUGAAAGCAACGGUACGAAAACAUUCAUGCUACUUUGCGAAUGUUAUGUGCAGGCCAACAGCGUUAUGGUUGGAGAUUACAUGCGGACGGAGUGGUCACGGUCUGAGGACAUAACGAUACUGUAAUGAUCUAUGCGUAGCAAGUAGCAUAGGCUGUUCGAUGUAUCAUUUUAGUCUGGAGUAUAAUCACCGUUAUAGGAGAAUGUCACAUUUACUGU